AAGCUAUUUUUUUUUUCGGUCGAAGUACUUCGUUCACGAAAAAGAUGCCGAAGCUCGAAGCCCAACAGGCCAGCAGCCAAACAAAGGCGUAAGGCCACACACGGCACAAUAGGCACGCUGGCUUAAGAAACUUCCCGAAUCACGUGUGAAAAUAUAAACUCAGUUUUAAUCCUAGUCAGAAAGUCCAGAGAAAAAUAUAAACUCAAUCCGGAGCAGAAACCCUAGAUCUCAGUUUUCCCUAAUCGACUCGACUACGAAGUGAGUAUCAGGUGCCGGCGGAAGCCUGUUCAACCUCUUCGUAUGAACGAGUGAUAUGAUCCACAUUCUUAUGGAGCUGGAGCAGUAAUCAAGGUGGCGGUGGUACCACCCAGUUUGGGAAGAGUCGAUUCUGUGCAAGACGAGCUGAUGCAAGGUCAAACGAAUCAGAUUCGAAGAGGACGUUUUGGCACUGAAGAUUGGAGGUCAGAAGCACUGCAUCUCUGAGCUACUAGGGCAGAUGCAGCGAAGCACUUCCUAGCACAACCUGAGAUCAGUUGGUCAUCAGCUGUUGAAAGCUGCGUCACAAUUACAUUUGAGCUAGUCACUUUGAGGCGGUCGCCACCUGGGCUAAAUGGCACCAAGAUGGAAAGGAAAAGAUGCAAAAGCUAAACAGGAUGCAGAAGCUACAGCGCUUAGGGAACCCAUGUCAAAAAUCACUUCUCAACUUCAGUCUUCUAUACUUCAAUCAGAUACUAGUGGAUUUCUCUCUGAUAACAGUGUACACUUAGUAGUGGGAGCAGAACAAAUUGAUCUGCUUAAUAAAGCAUGUUUUGGUCGACCUGUGAGAAUAGUUGAAAAGGACAAACAAUGGUUUCAAUUAAGCUUUGAGGAAGCAUUCUACCUAAGUUAUUCCUUGAAAUGCCUUAAGAUUAAUGACAGUGAUACUGGUCACCACAAUAAUGAAGAGCUAUGGCAUUACAUGAAAUCCAACAAAGAAACAUUCCCUUCCUUCUACAAGGCUUAUUCCCACCUUCGAAUGAAAAAUUGGGUAGUGAGAUCAGGAGCUCAGUAUGGUGUUGACUUCAUUGUCUAUCGUCAUCAUCCAGCUCGGGUUCAUUCUGAGUAUGGUGUGCUUGUUUUAUGUGAUGGAGAUGCUAAAGAUCUAAAUGGAAGAUUGAGAAUAUGGUCUGAUGUUCAUUGCACAACUCGUCUUCUCGGAAGUGUUGCAAAAAUCUUACUGGUUUUAUAUGUAAAUAAAAAUAGAAAAGGUGAUGAGUCUCCAUUAUGUUUGGCACACUAUACCGUUGAAGAGCGCACAAUUACAAGAUGGAAUCCUGAACAAUGCCGUGAAAAAUGUAGUUCAUGCUAAUAUCUAUAACAAAACUAGGUAGUAAUUAUUGUAUGUCACAAGUACAUUAUCAUUUUAUUAGGUAUCGUAUGGAUGUAGCAUUAACAAUAAU